UUCCGGAAACCACCAGAGCCAGUGAAUCAAUCGGAAGUUUUCGGAAGCAAACGAGAUAUUUUGAUUGGUACCGAACUUUUUCUGUAGUUGUCGGCCUUAGUCGUUUUAUAUAUCAGCGGAUCCCUGGGGACGAGAAUGUCAGCGGACAAACGUUUGGAGUAUGCUCAGUUACGCUUUCAUGAAGGAGAAAACGCGGGAAGAAACAAAGUGUCGUUCUUCCGGGCGAUUCACGCUCAAAUCUCGAGCGAAAUGUCCGUGGAAGCGAGAAUUUUGGAUUCCUUGAGGCCCAUAUUCCCACAGUUAAAUGAUCGUGUUUUGUCGACGUGCAUCAGGAACGUGCAAGAAACGGUGGGAAGUGACCCAGCGACUAUCAUUCCAGGAUGUAUCGAUAUGCUCUUGACUGGAACUUUCAAUGAAAUAAACCUACCGGAGGAGAGAUCCCUGGCUGCGACGACCCCUUUGCGAGAAGAAGUACCUGUAGUGAAGACACACUUUGUAAACGACGAUGACGAUGUUGUUUUUAUUUCUGCUAACCGUGGCGGGACAAUCGUCGAGACUCCCACAGUGAUCAUAGAUGACACCGAAAGCCCGUCCAACGCCAGGAGAACAGUUACAAACCCGAGAAGAAAUUUGCCGUUUGAAAGAAACACACCUUCCACGACAACAACAUCCCCUCCUUCGUCUGAUACGGUUGAGUAUUUGCAAGAUCCAGUCGAAGUUCAAACUGUUUCUGUUGCAGCAGACCCGAUGAAAGAGGCCUUGGAGAACCUUUACUCUUUAUUCCCUGAUGUAGACGACGAUUAUCUUCAGAGUCUGCUUGACAGGUGGUCUCAUAUCCCGUCCUGUCAGGCCAUCAACAAUGUUUGUAAUGAGCUGUUGGAGAAAAAAGAUUACCCCAGAAAAGCAUCUACUUUGACGACCCCAUCAGCAACAACCACGAGCCCAGGCAGACCCCAAAAGGAAAAGGACUACAUGAAAGACUUUUCUAGUUUUGUAUCAUGGAAGUAUAGAGAACAGUGCUAUCAGUUGCUUCAAAAUGAAUUCCGACUUAUUUCUGUUAAAUACAUUAAGAUAGCUCUUUCUAAGUUCAGAAAUCACUACGCACCAACCAGGAGGUACUUGCAAGAACAGCUUCGUGUAUCUAAGGCCUCAUGUACAACUACUACUUCCACAACCACUUCUGCACCUCAAGACUCAAGUUUAUUUCCAUCAUCAGAAGCAGUAACCAACUCAAAUAAAGAUGAUCUUGGCGUCGAUAAGCCUGCCCCAAUACCACUCCUAAAGUGUGGGCGUUCACCAGUGCACAAAGAUAUGUUUCACUCAGCUCUUCUUGAUGAGGAACUUCGCAGGGAGGUAGAAUUUAUGAAAAAAUAUGAGCUAUCGAAAUCAGAGGAGAGAGACAGAAUAUUUGCAUUGACCUUGAAUGAUAAACAAUAUGAAGAAGAAGGCCAAAAGAUCGAGUGUGGUUGUUGCUAUGGAGAUGUUGCUUUUGAAGACAUGGUUCAAUGCCUAGAGGGUCAUUUAUUUUGUGCAAGUUGUUUAAUGAACUAUGCAAAGGAGGCUGCCUUUGGUCAGGGCAAAGCAGCUCUUGUCUGUAUGAGUGAUGGUUGUGAUGGAACAUUUCCAAUGAGUCAGCUACGUAAAGCCUUACCCACCAACAUCCUGGAAAAAUAUGAAGAUCGUGUACAGGAAGAAUCCCUAUCUCUGGCCCAAAUGGAUGAUUUUGUGCGAUGCCCUUCUUGUGAUUUUGCUGCGAUAUUGCCACCGGAAGAUAAAGUUUUCAAAUGUCAGAAUCCCACUUGUGCGAAAGAAACUUGUCGCUACUGCAAAGAAGAAUGGUCGGAACAUUUUGGCUUGAAAUGCAGUGAGGUUGAAAAGUCAGCACAGAAAGACGUCAGGCUCUCUUAUGAAGAAAAGAUGACAAUGGCAAAAAUACGGAAAUGCCCCAAGUGUGGAUGCGAAUUUACAAAGUCAGAUGGCUGCAACAAAAUGACUUGUCGCUGUGGAGCAACCAUGUGUUAUGUUUGUCGCAAGCCAAAUAUUGGCUACAAUCACUUCUGUCAGCACCCCAAGGAUCCCGGAAAAUCAUGCAGCAGAUGUGCAAGUUGUUCUCUCUGGACUGAUCCUUCAGAGGAUGAUAACCGUGCUGUCCAGGAAUUAGAGAAGGAAGCCACAGAGGCAAAGAGGAAGCUGGAAGCAGAAAUGGUAGAAUCAGAAGACAACCCUGCUAAAAAGGUGAAGAUAGGCUGAGAAGUAUAAUUAUGCAUUGACCAGCAUGUAAAGAAAAACAUAUCUGAUGGCACAGGGCUUGCAGACUUUGCAGUUGAGCCAGUCAAUUAUAUCCUCUGCCUGCUGGACAGACAGGGGAAGUUGUUUAGGAAGUUUAUUGAGGAAAUUUAAAUUGCCGAGGUUCAGUACCACAAGAGAUGAAUUACAUGUAUUGAGUUACUUUGCCUCUCGAUUCAUUAGUCAUGUUCAAAAGAAUUUUUGCCUUUUUCUGACAAAUGAGAAUGAUUUUAAGGCUAGCAUGUCAAUUACAUGUAAUGCUGUACUGAAUUACAGCUUGCUCAAAGGGUGACCCGAAAAUUGUUUUUCUUUGUGCCCUGGUGUUAUAGACAGAAUUUGUAUGUACUAGCUGUACUUUGGUGGCCAUUGUGGAGAGAGACAAUGUAUACUGAAUGUACAGUGGAACCUGCAAAUUAGCAGAGACACACAGAACACUUGCUAGUGUGUACGUAUUGGAGGUGUCUACUUAUUUGCGGUUUCAUUUUAUAGGCAAGAAAGGUUUCUGACUCACCGAAGCUGAUUUCCUCUCACUAUAGGGUGUCUGCUUAAUAUGGUUUCACUCUACAUGUACAGGUAUAUAAUGUGUACUUGUCUGGAUGAAAAACGGGUGUUCGUUGUUAAGAGAUGGCUAUUAGUGGAGGUUUGAUUAUGAUAUUUACCUAAGAGAUCACAAAGCCAAGUGAAGACCAAUCCACAGCUCUGGGUCUGGGCUUGUUUCUGUGCCAUGUACUCUUGAGUCUUCUGGGCAGACAAGUGAGUCUUGUUGUCUGCAUGUUCAUGUACAGUACCACUCAAAAAUAAGCUACAUGUACCACUGUUUCAGGAGUUGCCUCUGGUCUUUCUUGAGUUUUUUAUUGUUCCUCACACGUGCACUGUUGUUUGUUUGUAUUGCACACCCCAGUACUUCCAAGCCCCUUCACGUUUACAAGUUGUUUUAAUAUCAAAGUAAACAAAAGUACACUGUACAUGUGCAUAUAUACAUUGUACAUUAUUUUUCAUACAUGUACAUGUAGAGUUUAAUUGCUUUAAAGCAGGGCUCAAAAAAAGUGCCGUCCGGUCAUCAAGGACAACUAGAUUCUCUUGCCAGGCAAGAUAAUUUGCAUGGUCACUUGCCCAAUAGGCAAGGGUCCACGCAAGUCAUCUGCCAACUAAAUUAAAAAAAAUAAUAAAAAUAAAAGUACACUGUAAGACUUACCCAGGGAAAGCAAAAUUUGAGAGCUAUAAAAUGAUUGAAAUUUAAGCCAUUCUACAAAAUCAAAAAGGCUAAUCAUUCAACCUUGAGUAGUUCUCUAGUGUCAGUGCUGUGUUCAUUUACUAUCAGUAGAAAUAAGCAAAAAAAUAAUUCAUAAGAGUUUACUAUUUAUUAUUUGUUUUUGGUUCUCAAAGUGCAGUAGAUUUCACAAAGAGAAUCUUUCAAGCUUGUAGAAAAUUAUACAGCAGCUCUAUCAAUAAUUGAAGGCUUUCGUGCAGAAAAGGCGUAUGUGGCAUUUUGGGCUGAUUUUUAUUUUUUGUAGGA